AAUUUGAUUUUAAUUGAUAGGCAUCAUUAUUAUUGUUCAUAAACAGAUGACAUUACUUGAUUAUGUACCUAGUUUUGAGUUUCAUUUAGAGAUCGUUAGUAAAAGUUAUUAAGCAUAAAAUAUGAGACAAUUUAUGUAUUUACUGAUCAGUUUUUUUGUGUGCACUAAUUCGAAGAACGUUGAUGUGUCUAAGAAAUAUGGAAUUCAAUAUUUCGGUCAAUGCAAAGAUAUUUCUACACCAUUUUUCAUAUCUGAAGCUAAAAUAAAUAAUUACUCCAAAAAAAAUAGAACUGUUAUUCUGAAGGUUGAUCUAAAUCAAACUAUAGCUCCUGAGAUUACUAAGCUGAAUAUUUGGAGAUGUGCAAAUAUCGAGAACCCAGAUACGUGCGAACAUUAUAUGAAGGAUUUUGUUGUGAAAGGGAUAUGUGAAAAAAUCAACGCAGGCAGCGAGGACCAAAUAUGGGUGAAUGCAUUCAAGUAUGUGACGCCUGAACUGAAAUGUCCUUUGGCACCAGCGCAGUAUGUGAGCAAGUUCCAGUUAGAUAUAAGCGAAUCUCUUCUGCUUCGUAUUGUACCAUUUCCCCCUGGUUUUUGGAAGCUGAGAGGCAUUUCCUAUGAAAAUGGAGAAAUGGUAGCAUGCGCUGACUUGACCUUCAAAGUGAAUAGGGUGUACAAAUAAUAUUAACAAAUUUAUAGGAAUUAUUAGAACUUCAUCUAG